AUGUUGCAGUCUGCAGCAUUUCUUCUGCUCAUCUUGCCUUUGAUUGAUGCAACUUUUCCACUAUAUAAUUUAUUCCAGGGCGCUCCAUACUACAACUCCUUUCCCCAGCAGCGGAACAAAAACUGGUGUGCAUUUGUUGUACAGAAGAAUGUGACGUGUGCUGUGCUGGAUGUGGUGGAAACUGCCCCCUGCCCUGAACAUAUGCCUCAUUGUGCUCAUGCAGGAAUAUACCGUGCACGGCCUAUGUACAAGGUGGGCUACAAGCAGGUGACCGAGAUGGAGUGGAGAUGUUGCCCAGGUUACCGUGGUCAUAACUGUAUGGAACAGAGGGAGGCUCCAUCAAGCCCUCACAUUCUUCAGAAACCAGAUCAACCUUCCAACCAGAGGACCCAACAGAGUGUCCUUGGACCAGAGGUGUCCAGUGGUUCCCAUCCUUGGGCACAACCUGGGCAAGGUGGACAAGCAAAUUCCUGGACUGAAGGUGGAGAGGCCGGUCGACAGACAGGUCAACCUGAAGGCCGUAGAGUCCGAGAGUUGGAAGAAGAAGUGCAACGUCUUUCUCUGACUGUCUAUGAUUUGCAGGCUGCCAUGACAGCUGCCAAUGCAAACCUGCGCCAAAAUUUGCAAGAAGAUGCAAGCAAGAUAGUCCUGAACGUACUUGAUAAUCUGAGACAGUCUCAGCACGCCCUGAGCGAAGGUACUGAGAGCUUUGUGCUACCUUCAGACUCAUUUCAGACCAUUUCUCCAGUCCCUGAUGAGCUUCAGGAACAGGUCACCCACCUUUCUGAUACAAUCAGCUCCAACACCAAUAGCAUUCAGGGCCUAGAGGCUAAGAUCUUGCAGCUUGAAGGCCAGGUGAAUCGGAUAACGGAGACGGCUGGCAGAACCACAGUUCCUCUCCCUUCCUCUGCCCCAGUCACUGAGUGUCAAUGUCAGGCUUACGUUGACCAAAAAAUUCAAGCCCUUCAAAUGGAGCUUCUGGAGGGAAUGGACAUUAAGAUAGCUGAUUUAAAAAAUGCUUGUGACUACAAAAUGAAGUCAGUUAAAGAGCAGUGUGAAGAGCAAGAGACCUCAUACCUAAGUCUGACUGAGCUCCUUGAGUCUAAAGAAGCAGACCUUCGUCAGGAGAUCCAGGACCUAAAGGACCUUGUUUCAGCAGGCAACCCGAAAGGAUUAGAAUCUCCAGACCUUCAGGCUGAGAUACAAAACCUGAAGAAUGCACACCAAAGCUUGACUAGUGCUUUUAAUCAAACUAAAAUACAACACAAAGCUCUGGAGGAAGCCCUGGAAACAAGGGUUAGCUUAGCAGAAAGGAGUGUGGAAGUACACUGCAACCACCUGGAGGAAAAGUUGAGGAAACAGCAGGCAAAGGAAUUGGAGGCACAGAGCAAAUCACUAGAAACCAAGAUCAGUGCAGCACUACACGUUCUGGGAGGCACACAACAACAGAUCAUACCAGUCAAUAGCCAUUACAUGGUAGAAAAAGAGCCUCAGAAUCUGAAGGAUGAGAUGGGACCUCUCGUGCAGCAGGUUAAACAUUUGGAGAACUCAGUCCAGAUUCUCAAUGAGUCAAUCAGCCAUCAAAGUCAUACAGAUGGUCUCUAUGACAGACUAAACAAACUUGAAGAAGCUUGUGGGAAAUGCCAAGAAUCGGUCAACAGAUUAGAGACAAUGUUGUCUGGAAUGAAUGGACGGAUGACCAAUAUAGAAGGUGUUUGUGACAAGUUGGAGCCAAUGUCAGACAGUCUAAGCAGAAUUAAGGACGGACUUAACAAACAUGUCAGUGGCCUUUGGAACUGUGUCAAACAGCUCAACAAAACUGUUCUCACCCACACUUCAGAUAUCAACACACUGAGAAGAGAUACACUCUCCAGUAUGGGCAAGGAGUAUGGUACCCCCAUCAUGCAACAGUUCACAGGUCCAGGUGCUAGUGGAGGUAUGGAGGACGUGAGUGCUCACAUGGAGAAAGCUCAUCCUGUUUUAGAGACUGGAGAGGCAGGGCCACCUGGAACUAUGCUUUCAUCACCUACCCCUCAGGGCUCUAAUGGGAGUAUGACACCUGUUAAAGGCUAUGGUGUGGCUCCAGGCUAUCCUCCAAAGUCUGCCGUCUCUGUUACUGCUCAUUUUCUUCCAGGUUCCAGCAUUGUGAGUGCUCCAGUGUCAUUUUCGGCUGGGCUGACUCUUUUCCCAUUUUUUGAGAAGGCUAGCUUCAUCCCUUUUAACAAAGUGUUGGUGAAUGAUGGGAGUCACUAUGACCCGAAUACAGGUGUGUUCACUGUACCCGUUGACGCCCGGUACCUGCUGAGUGUUGUAAUAACGGCUCAGAAGGGAGAGCGAGUGGAAGCGGUGCUCUCAGUAGCCAAUAUCAGUAUUCAGAAGCUGGACACAUCUGGCUCAAGCAGUGUGGAUUCUGCAGGGUGUAUAUGUGGAGGCUCUGCCUCAGCCAGCCUGGUUCUCGAUCUCAAGAAAGGUCAGAAAGUGGGUGUUGUAAAGACUUCUGGAACUCUGGCUAGUCCGGCAUCCCAUGAGCUUCUUUCUACAUUCAGUGGAGUUCUGCUGUAUAGCCUGCCGACUAAAAGUUAACCUACAGCCAACUGAAAGCGUCACAGGAGUACACUUCACUUUUGGAGUACCACAGCAAUGCACAAGGUUUUGUUAAUUACACCAAAGCAUUAUAAUAAUCAUUUUAGCAUUGCGUACAUAAUGCUACACCUUACUUACAAUAAUUAUGAAUGUUUUUGCAAUUAAAUACUAUUGCAAC